UGACAGCUCAAAAAAAUCCGCGAGAGGUUUCAUUUUCCACUCAUUUGGCUUUAAAACCCUUAUUUCCGGAUACUUCCUGGGAUAUUAGCUUUACAUACCAAAUACAAAAUAUACUGCAGGUAUAGAAUUGAUGAUGCAUGAGCACCUGAUAGAAAAACUUCAGCAUGCAGAACAAAAACAAACAGAAGAAUCUUUUCAAGAGUGCUGCAGUAGAGUUGCAGAUAUUUUUGCUGAGGCAAAAGAAAAUAAACAAAUACAUUUAACUGAAUUUAGCACUGAUAAUUGUGAAUUACCAGUUGAUACAUAUAAUUAUGGUCCUCAAAAAAAAUAUGUCAACCUAAUAGGGGAUGACAUAUCAGAAAAAGUGCCUGCAGAACUGAUAUCAGGUCCUUCUCCUGGGCAGCAGCUUUACAAAGUCAAGAUCUGCAGCAAAAGAAUGCUGUUUUUGUUGGCAAAAUUCCUUGUUAUAUAUGGCAGUUUGGAAUUUGUCUUCGGUUGUGUAUUCAUGACAGUAGACUGCAGCAUGAUCUUCUUUUUAUAUCCAAGCAUGGAGGCUUUGUUAUGGCAGGGUGUCAUAGACUGGCGUAUCAACAGUGUUUUUAGUCAUGAAAAGCUUUUUGCUGUCAUCACCUCUAUGUGGACCAAAUUGGCAACCUUUCACAGGAAAAGGAUCAGCCCUGGUCCUGUCAGCCUUGGUGACAUUCUGAUGAACCCAAACACGUUGAAUACUGUGUUCAUUAACUUGAACAAGAUGUGUCCUUUAACAGACGGGCAAGCAGUGCUGGAUGUUUUGCGUUGCACCAAACUAACUAUUCAACUGCUGUUGCCUAGACUCUUUCCUGCCGAGCGGGUCAAUGAAUUGUGUGAUUUUCCUUUGACUGCAGAAAACUGGAAAACAUGUAGUGCAAACUUGGAACCAAGAGUGUUGGAGGUUUUGGAGAAAUCAGUUUUUGAGCAAAGUUCUGCUUUUGAAGUGAGAAUCUUAUGGGGAUUGACUGAGCAGUCUGUUGGUGUUCAUGCAAUAGCUAAUACAGAUGUGUGUGGUGAUGUUGCUGGCAGUGUAUCAGGUGAGACAGAAUGGGUCAAGGAGAAAGAGAACUGUGCUCAGUUUUUGAACCAACAAACAGCCAGGAAAGUUGUAUGUGAGAAUGAUGCUGGCAGUAAAUCAGUUGUGACAGAAGGUGUCAAGGAGAAAGAACCCUGUGCUCAGUUUUUGAACAAUAAUAAACAAACAGCAAGGAAAGUUGAAUGUGAUAAUGUUGCUGGCAUGGAAUCAGUGGCGACAGAAGGUGUCAAGGAGAAAGAGAACUGUGCUCAGUUUUUGAACAACAAGGAAGAAACGGCAAGGCAAGUUGUAUGUGACAAUGUUGCUGGCAUGGAAUCAGUUGUGGCAGAAGGUGUCAAGGAGAAAGAGAACUGGGCCCAGUUUUUGAACAACAAGGAACAAACAGCAAGGAAAGUUGAAUGUGAUAAUGUUGCUGGCAUGGAAUCAGUGGUGACAGAAGGUGUCAAGGAGAAAGAGAACUGGGCCCAGUUUUUUAACAACAAGGAACAAACAGCAAGGAAAGAGGUGUGUGAUGAUGUUGCUACAGGUGGUGAAUCAGGUGUCUUGGAGAAAGAGAACUGUGCCCAGCUUUUGAACCAAAAGGGACAAACUGCCAGCCAUGGCAGUGACUCUGACCAAACCAGCAGUGGCCAGGCUUCUUCCUCAGAGACACAGGAAAUGCCUUGGACAUCUUCUGGAGAAGGAUGGCUACCUUGUCCCUCUUCUGGACCAGAGUGGUCACCUUUGAGAGAGCCACGGGGAAGGUUUAGCACUGACCCUGGAACCCAUACCAGGCCUGACUACACAGAGCAUGUGACCAAGAGGAAAUCUGGAGGUGACACUCAUGAGAAGAGGUCCACGACAACACCCAGUAAAGAUGAUGAUAUUUCAGCCUAAGAUGGAAGUCAGUUUCUUGCUGCACAAUUUCCAAAAGUUUAUUUAAAUUAAGUAUCCUCUCCAGAAUUUUCCCAUCAAGUUAAAUUUUCCAUUAAAAAAAAAAAACAAUUUGAGAAAGAAUCAUGUCUUAAUUUUGAACAUUUUCAAGUGUGGAUAUGCUAAUCAUGCAGCUCCUUAGAGUAAAAACUAAAACAAUAAGUAUUCUAGACCAUACAAUUCCCCUGCAAAGCUGAAUGGGUGUUGGGGGGUAAAACACUUAGAAGUCAAUUGUCUGGGUAAAAUUUGUUAAAACUGAAAAUACUGGAAGUGUAAAUAGCAAUUUCUAAAAGCAUAUAGACCAUAUGAAAAAUACAAUCAAAACGGAGACUGAAAAUCUUGAAAUUUGGCAUAAUCCUGAAAACUUUCACCCAUGCAAUUAGUUCAUCAUGUGCAUGUAUAAAUGAGUCUGUCUGUUUACUGUACCUGGGGAUACUUGAAUUAAAGGCAGGCAGUUAUAAUUUUUCUCAAUAUCACACGGAUUAUAUUCAUCAUGUGACUAAACACCAGGGAUUAAACUUUGUACCUGAUACUUUCAGAAUGUAAUAACUUGGCGAAUAUGUAUUUUAUUAAUAUGAUAAAUUUAGUUUUGACCAAAAAAAAAAAAAGUUCAUUGAUGGAAAUCCUUAGGAAAAAAAUGGUAAUUUUAAUAAAAUGUACAUAUCACAUAUCAGGUAUUUUCAGCCUGCUCGAUUUAGAAGCGGUUAAUUUUGUCAGUCAAAUUAACCUUUGAAAAUAUAACAGAUCAGGCAAGUGCAUGUAGUUUUAAUUAUGUCUUAACCAGUGGCUGUUAAAUGGCAACAGAAAGCAAGGAAUCAGAACUGUAACAAAUAAGAAUUGCAAUUUCACAUGCCAUUGAUUAAGCAGGUACAAAGAAAUCCCCUGUGUAUAAAUUUACUGAAUUUAAAAGUAUAUAUUUCAAAUAUAUAUCAUAUUGCAUAUAUUUAAUCAAGAGAAAACACAAAUAUUCAAGAAGUUUGCCUAUAUAUUCUUCUGAUUGGUAAUAAUUUCUGGGCUAUUCACUGGCUGAUUCAGGUUUUUGCUUAAUUUAGAUUAGCAGCAACACAUGGAUUUGCGUGUGAGCUUAUCCUACAUUUUACAGCAAAGUUGGCCUGGUUAUCUUGGAUUUUAUCUAUAAAAUAAUAUACAUAAGGACAAUUUUGUUCUAAAAUGUAGGAUGUGUUAAGACACUUUAUUCGUAGUAUGUUACCACUUCAUGGGAUAAGCAUUACCACUUCAUGAUAAGAGACUUCAUUGGUUAAAAACUAAGGACCUUCAGGCGACUUAGUGAUAUUUAAAAUUACUACUUUAUGGGACAUAAGUUAUAAUAAUUAUAAUCAUGGAAAUUAGUCUUUUUAGGAUGCAAUUAAAACUUGAUCAAGGCAAUUGUAGCAUACAGUUAUGUACCUUCACUGCUUUUUUUUUAACCCUAAUAUUAAAUUAUUUAUUCAUCUUAUAAUUCAAGAGCCUACUGAUACUCUGACAUGACCUUUCAGAAAUCGUGGAUCCACACCUACAUACAUGUAUGCUCGUGUAUUUUCAAGAGAUACACCCAAUAGUAUACUCGCGUUUAUACAAAAAUCCUUUCAGUCACAUGUUCGAAAAUAUAAUUAAAGUGUACAGCUUACCUUUGUUGGAUAAUAUAUACAACACAAAAACAUGAUUUUUCAAAAACCGUUAUCUUUCAAAACAUACUUGGGUUUGCAAUAGAGACUUUAUCACCAUUAUCCCUUGAAGCCACAGGUAACAUCUUAUUUGAAGAUAAAGUUGCAUUCUAUCUUAUGAAUUGGAUUUGUCACUCAGUGAAUUCAUUGCAUUUAUCCUGUGAAGUGGUCAUACACCAUGAAGCAUCUUAACACAUGCAGUUAUUGCUUAUGUUGGGUUCUGUUGGUUAUAUAUACUAUUUUGGUCGAAAAGGUAGGGAAGGGACUAUACUGCAGAAACAAAGGGAGGGAGGGACGCGCCUGGAUCAGCCGUUGCAAGUGAACCCCCAAGUGUGAUAUUUACUGAAUGGAUUUAGAUGAAGGUAUACGUGAAGGUCAAAUUUUACAUAUCCUAGUUAUUAAUUAAGGGACCGUUCACAUGAAAAAUCUACUUUCUAAAAAUCUAUUUGCUGUAUCUUGUGAUCACGGUC